UCUCUUCAGGAAAGAAAGGGUGAAACUUGUCAGUCACCAGACAGUGAAGAUGUUCUGAGUGAAAUUGAUAACACCAUAAGCGACGAAGAUAAACAAGCAUUUGAAGCGUGGCAUGCUCACGAUGAUGCUGAAGAUAACUUCUGCGAAUUAGAUGAUGAGUCAUCCUCUGGAAUGGAGUAUGUGGACCUGUUGCGGAACCCUGAAAAAUUCACUGGAUAUGCAGGCUUCUCUGCUCACAGAAUAUGGAAUAAUAUUUACAAGGAAAAUUGCUUCAAACCUACAUCCCCCUAUGGCAAGACCUAUGCAGUGGUAACAUCAAAAAAUGUUAACAAAAUGUGUCUUGAGAAGCGAGUGUUCUAUCGCAUGAUGUCCGGACUCCAUGCUAGCAUCAACAUUCAUCUGUCGGCACUGUACCUCUUUAAAGGUAAUGGUUUGACGAAACCAAGAUGGGGUUUGAACUUUGAAGAGUUCAGAAGAAGGUUUGAUCCUGAAACCACAAAUGAUGAAGGUAUUAAGUGGAUGAUUCCUUUUCUAGAAAUGUGUCUUGAGAAGCGAGUGUUCUAUCGCAUGAUGUCCGGACUCCAUGCUAGCAUCAACAUUCAUCUGUCGGCACUGUACCUCUUUAAAGGUAAUGGUUUGACGAAACCAAGAUGGGGUUUGAACUUUGAAGAGUUCAGAAGAAGGUUUGAUCCUGAAACCACAAAUGAUGAAGGUCCAACGUGGUUGAAGAAUCUUUACUUUGCCUACACUGUGGUGCUGAGAGCCAUUACAAAGGCGGCACCGUUCUGGGAGCAGGAGCAGUUCUACACUGGAGAUUUUGAAGAUGACCUACAAAUUCAGGAACUUGUUCAGGCUCUGCUAGCCAAGUCAAAAACCUGCCCAAGCACUUUUGACGAAAAGCUAAUGUUUACAGACCCAGCAAAUGCCAAGAUUCUGAAGGAAGAGUUCAAGCUUCACUUUAGGAAUAUUUCUCGUAUCAUGGACUGUGUUGGCUGUGACAAGUGUCGAUUGUGGGGCAAGGUUCAGGUUCAGGGCCUUGGUACCGCCUUAAAAAUUCUAUUCUCAGGUCACGAACUGGACGACGGCAAAUUCAACAAAAGCAGUCAGUUUCACCUGAAAAGAACAGAAAUCGUUAGUCUGUUCAACGCCUUUGGAAGGUUGUCCAGUAGUAUAAAUUAUCUACAGACGUUCAAAUCAAUGAAGCACGGGCACAGAUAACAGCGAGUUCACGGUGGCCUGGUACCAUCGAAUGAUUUCGGCGCAGUUUCCUCUUAGAAAGAAAGAAACCACCAAAAGAGAAACCUGGAUAAAGCAAAAAACAUUUUUUGAUGCAAUUUAUGUUGACUGCACGGAAGUUCGAUUGUAAAGUUGGUUGCAUUUGUGACCAUUACUAUGACAGCGUAUAGUCUUAGUCAGGAAGCCUUGAAGUCUAAGAUUUUGCCAAAAUUUAAAUUAUUACACAAAUUAAGCGAUUUCUAAUAAUGCCUGUGAAAAUUGAAUUUUUAAAAGUAAUAUAACGGAAGUUAAUCGCCAGGCAGUUGAUUUUAUAGUAAAAGAUAAAAAAGGCAAACUGUAAGUGCUGUUUGUUGAGCCAGUUAUCUUUGAUAAUAAUAAUCACCCUUUUGUGGACUUUUGUGCGAUGAACGUUUUUGGAUUUAUAGUACUAAGUUAUUAGUAUUUCAGUGUUGUAAAUAGUCUCAGUAACGACUUGGAAGAUAAUUUCUGAGGGAAAACUAAAACCACGUACAGUAAUUUGCGCUGAGUAGUAAUAAUAGUAUUUUUGUGACAUCAGGUGUUGAAUAAAGAAACCACAUCACUUGCAA